AUGAAACCACUUGAAAUUAAUAUAAGUAAACCUGGCACGUUCAGAGAAAACUUAGAAAGUGUUAAUCUCACUAGAUCUCAGAAUUAUGUAAGUAAUAAUGUGGUGUUCAUGCAAAUAUAAAGUCAAGUAACUUGCUCAAAAUAUUUUGUGGAUGUGCCCCAAAAUCGUAAUGUUUUGGGCGUCAUAUGAUGACGUCCAGUUAUAAACAUCACUAGUGACAUAACGUUUUUCAGGUAUUCGAUCUCAGCGCGAAGCAUACAUGAGCUUAAGAGCAAAGACAGCAAUGGAUUGCGUCUUGUUUUGCCUCGAGGAAAAACGGACUUGCACGUCUCUCAAUUAUGCCGAACCCACUUCGGUCAAUGAUGGCGAGAAUUGUGAAUUACAUGAGGAAACAAAGAAUGAUGACAAUUCAUUGGAAUUCCUGAAAGAUGAUAAAUACACCUUCUAUCAAAUACCUGGAGGAUCACACGAAUCAGAAAACACACAAAAGGCAGAUAAUGAAACUGAACAGGUAUACAUUUACCUUGCUUUUUGGCUUUCAGGCCAAUUCUGUUGCGAUUGGAAGUGAAGUCAGGCUAUUUCCAUUUUCCAACAAUGGGAAAGAAACGCACUUUAUCUAGUAUGCACGAAUUUAUUACUCACUUUCAGAGUGGGAAAGUGUGUUCCAGCAACAGCUAGUAUACAGUUGCAACGAGGUUGUAGUCGUCUCAGUUUGGCCUUGACUGCAGGUCUUGUUGGCGAGCCUUUCUUAUUGUCAAUUCGUUUAACGAUUAAAUUGAAUUUACCACAGCAUAAACAAAAAGUGAGAGCUGUCAGUUUUUCGACACAUAAAACAAACAAUUGUUCCAAAUUUCCAUUUAGGCAAUCAGACCAAGUUGUGUUGACCAUUUCAACAAUGGUAGUAAAACAUCGGGUAAUUACACCAUCCUUGAUGAGCAGCAACAACCUAUCACAGUGUAUUGUGAUAUGGAAUCCGAACCAGGAUCCGUUUGGACACUGGUCAUGUCCUUCACGAGAGAAAACAAAGAUCUUAAAUCAUUCAAAAAGAGAGCAAUGUAUCAAAAUGGAGCAGAAAACGAAUUCGCUCCAAAUUGGUCCGCAUACCGAAUGAGUUCGUCAUCAGUGGCUGCUUUAAAGAAAAUGGCAACUCACUGGCGAAUUACAUGCAGUUUUCCUCAAUAUGGUGCCGACACCCAGACUGACUACGUCCGAGCUGUGUUCGCUGAUUUUGAUCUCUUGAGAAAAAGUAAGAAUGAAUGCAAGAACGUGAGCUACAUAAGUGUCAUGGGGCAGUCUUGUUCGAAAUGUACCGCACAGUGGACACAUAUUACCUACUAUACCCCGCAUAUCGCUGCCAUGCAAAACGACUCAGCUUGCGACAUAAGAAGUGAUAAAAGUGAAUGCUACUAUUUUGGUGCGUACUUCACUUACAAUCUCAAUUUUCGUUGUACAGAAUCUCCAAAAUCAACAACGAAUUACUGGUUUGGUUCUUAUGUUUGA